AUGUUUGAUCAAGAGAUUUUGAUGAAUCACUUGAAAGGUCCAUACAAAGGUAUUAUUCUACUGGCAACUGCCCAAGACGCCAACAAACAGAUUUAUCCGUUAGCGUGGGGGAUUAUUGAUGCCGAAACGAAUAGAUCGUGGAUGUGGUUUUUAUCAAAUUUGAAAGAUCUUAUAGGUGACUCGGACGAAUUGGUGUUUGUUUCCGAUAGGAAAAAUAGUAUUGAAAACGCCAUUGCCCACCUAUUUCCUCGGGCUCACCACGGGUACUGUGUCUGGGUAAGUGCAAGAGCGUACAGGUACUUUGUUGGCCAACGGUACAACAUUUUGACCAACAACAAUGUAGAAUCUUUGAACUCAAUGUUGAGACAUGCCCCUUCGUUACCGAUUACGUGCUUAGUGGAGCACAUUCGGUAUACUAUGCAAAAGUGGUUUUAUGAACUUCGAGCAAGUGCAACCGCUUGCAGUACCGUUCUGUCACCAACGAUGGAGAAUGAGUUACGGACGACGUUCGAAGCAAGUACUAGGCUGCAAGCGCAUGGCUUAACAGAUAACUUAACACAAGUUGGAAUAUCCAACGACACGGACAUCGUAGACUUCUCCGAAAAUACGUGCACUUUUCAUGAGUUCCAACUGAAUCGUAUGUUGUGCGUUCACGCAACCCGUGCUGCUUGCUUGAGAGGUAAGUCAUUGUAUGAUCUCUGCUCACCGUAUUACACAUUCGAGUACUGGGAGUGUGCCUAUGGAGAAGCUAUAUAUCCUGUUUUGCAUGAAGUAGACUGGAUUUUUCCAGCCGAAAUUACAGGUACUCCAAUAUACCACCUAGUGUACGUCGUCCUCCAGGUAGACCACCCACAUAACGUAAGCAAUCUAGAAACGAGUAUACCACACGGCUCAGGAAAUGCACUCGCUGCGGUGGACUUGGUCAUAACCAGACCACAUGUUCGAAUCACAUUGUACCACGUCCGAUGUAAGCAACAUUUUGUACGUGAGUGGUUGAAGUUGUAA